GCGAGAGAAUCCUGGGCUACGCGGAGGAGCCUUGCUACCUGUGGUUCGUCAUGGAGUUCUGCGAAGGGGGAGACCUCAACCAGUACGUGCUGUCCCGCCGACCCGACCCGGCGACCAACAAGAGCUUCAUGCUGCAGCUGACCAGCGCCAUCGCUUUCCUGCACAAGAACCACAUCGUUCACCGGGACCUGAAACCGGACAACAUCCUGAUCACCGAGAAGUCUGGCACCCCGGUUCUCAAGGUGGCUGACUUUGGGCUCAGCAAGGUCUGCGCUGGCCUGACUGCUCGGGGCAAGGAGGGGGGGCACAAGAACAAAAAUGUGAAUGUGAACAAGUACUGGCUGUCUUCGGCUUGCGGCUCUGAUUUCUACAUGGCGCCCGAGGUUUGGGAAGGACACUACACCGCCAAGGCUGACAUCUUCGCCCUUGGCAUCAUCAUCUGGGCCAUGAUUGAGAGGAUAACUUUCAUCGACACGGAGACCAAGAAGGAGCUGCUGGGGACCUACAUCAAGCAGGGGACCGAGAUUGUGCCUGUUGGGGAAGCGCUGCUAGAAAACCCAAAGAUGGAGCUGCACAUCCCUCAGAAACGCAGAACUUCCAUGUCUGAGGGGAUCAAGCAGCUCUUGAAAGACAUGUUGGCUGCUAACCCGCAGGAUCGACCUGAUGCCUUUGAGCUUGAAACCAGAAUGGACCAGGUUACAUGUGCUGCUUAA